UUCAAAUUAUGCAAAAUAAAACUCGUGUUAGACCAACAAAUUCGGCUUCUUCUUUAACUGCCGGUGCUGUCAGUGAAGAACAAUUUCGUCAAGCGUUUGAGGCUGUUCUGGACUUAAGGGUUACUUCCCUCAAAGAUUUGAUUGCUGAAUGUCAAAAACAAGCGGUAAUUUUGGAGAAUACAAACAAUGAUUGGACGAAACGAAUUAAAGCGCUCCAAUCAUUACGAGGAUUAAUUAAACACGAUAUUGGAUGUUAUGCUCCUUUUGCUGAACAAGCGUAUGGAUUGCUGGGAACUGCUUUGGAAGUGUCUGUUAAGGAUUUGCGUUCUCAAGUUUGCCGUGAAACUUGCAUGACGAUUGCUUUCUUCUGUGAAAAGUUGGGAACAUCAUUUUGGCGUGUGGCUGAAGCUAUUAUUCCAAUAACUUUAAAUUUAACACAAAAUUCGGCUAAAGUAAUGGCUAGUUCUGGACGAAAUUGCAAUAUUUUUAUUACAAAGAAUAUUCAUCAUUCAAAAAUACUCACGCUUAUUGUCCAACAUAUUUCGCACAAGGCGAAGGAGAUUAGAAGAAUGUCAAUUGAAUUAAUUUGUAUUAUUGUAAAUCAAUGGGAUCCAACUCUUGUUGAAAAACAUUCUGGUGAAUUGACACAUUCCAUAAAAUUGGCUUUGAGUGAUGCUGAUUCUGAAGCUAGAGUAAUUGCUCGUCAAGCAUUUGAAGGUUUACAAAGCAAUUAUCCAACAAAAGCAGAAAUACUAUUUCAGGAGCUUGAACCAGCCAAGCAGCGAAUGCUUAUUGAACGUUCUAGUACAGCUUCUUCAACUCAUUCUAUAAAUUCUGAACGUGACAAUCUUCCAAAUCCGAAUAGAGGACUUUAUAAUGCACAAAAUUCUGCCUUUUUGAAUAAACGUUCAGCCAGUGAUUUGAAUCAUACCAGCGCUCGCCGUAAUUUGGUUCCUCCAAGAAUUGUUCGUCGGCCAAAUCCUCCAAUGGCUUCGAAUAGUGCAACAAGUGUUAAACCACCAAUAACACACCCUUCUCCAUUAGUUAAAAAACCAUCUCCAAUGACUCCAACUUCUCACCAUAAAAAUGGCCCAGCAUCACAUACUCCAAUACCUUUAAAUAUUCAUAAAAAUGGAACAACACCACCACCAUUAACUGCUGCAUCUAUGGCUGCACAAACAAAUACUAUUAAAAUUCAAAAAAUAAUUAAUGUUUUGUCUGAUAAGCAUGAGAAUAUUGAUAAUGUUGAGAAUUCUCUUCGUUCUCUUACUCAAUUAAUCAAAAAUGGUGAAAUUGCAAAUUGGGAUGAAGUUUUUAAUGAUAUUUUUUAUAUUAUUCAACAAACUAUUUUACAUCCUUUAAAUAAUGCUGGAACAAUAAAAGCUGGGGCAUUAAAAGCUAUGAAGGAACUUUGCUUGUCCCAGCCAAAACGACUUUUAACAAAGACAGAACUUCUUUUAUUAAAUACUUUGGAUGCACACGAAAAUGAUGAUGCACAAGUUGUAAAAGCAGCUGAAGAAUGUGGUGCAGCAAUUGCCACAAAAUUGCCGUCCAAAACUUGUGUUAAUUUAUUAACGGCAGUUAUUGAUGAUAAAAAUAGUAAAUACCAUCAAUUGUCUGGAGCAAUAAAAAUGAUGAGCAAUUUAAUUAGUAAACUUCCACCUGAUGAGGUUGAAGUAAUGAUGCCAGAUAAUGUACAACGAAUGGUUCGGUGUUAUGAAAAUUCGCAAUCAAUGGUUCGUAGAGCGUCAAUAAUUUGUUUGGUUUCGAUGAGUGCUUCGAUUGGACUUGAUAAAUUAAAACCGCAUUUAAAUCCAUCGACGUUAAAACUUGUUGAGGUCUACGCUGCACGCCUGACAAAAAGAGAAAGUUAUUGA